AUGCGUCUCAUGGCUGUUGGAGGAGGAAUCAUUCCCAUUUCGUUGGGAUUGAUCUCAUCCGGCCUCGCAUCUGUCGCAUCGACCUCCUUCGAACCACCCACACCAGAGCCCAUCGAAGUGGUCCAACUACCACUGCCACCUGUUGUGCCGACCGACGAGAUUGGCGCCUGUACUCACCAUCUGAAUCCGCACGGGACCGGAUGUAUGGGCAAAUCAUCCCUGAUGAAUGGCGGGGACUUCUCGCCGGACGGGAACCACGUCCUCGUCAGCUUGAAUUUCACCGGGGCACCGUCAGCCCCAGACCCCGCCAGUAUCUACACUGGCGUGCAACUGAUCCUGGUCAGCACCAACGGGACCCAUUUCUCUACUGGGAGCCCGUGGAAAUGCCUGACGUGCGGUGUCCCGGAGAGCAAUAAAGGGAGCAGUUCGUCGCUGGCCGACUAUCCGCAAGCCUUCUCCGACGGCAAACGAGCCCUAGCCGGCAACAACAUCGUCGAAUGUCGAUCUGGCCUGCUGGCCAGUGAUGCUUGCACUCCGGACCAGAUCCACAUCUAUCCCAUCCGGUUAAGCAACACGGCCGACGAUUCCGGGUCUGGAGCCAUUAUCCGGGAGCUGCGCCUGCACCCCGACAAUGUCCACCUGGGUCUCAACUCUUUCUCCGUCACCGGAUCGGGACAGCUCAGCCAACACGCCUAUUUCGGUCGACUGCAGUUCAGCGACUCCCCUGCCACCGGUUCCCCUCGCCCCGCGCGAUAUGACCUCGUCAACGUCACCGUCCUGGUUGCACCAAAUGGUCCCCUUCCUUAUACCGUCGCCGGUGAUCAGCUGCAGAUCAACCGCCAGGCAUUAGUGGUGGGGGAGUUUCGGGGCUUUGCCAGUCGCGGACAAGAAGUCCUGUACAUUGGACUCCCCUGGGAAUCCUGCAACAUCGAUCUCUUCGCGGCCGACUUGACUACUGGCCGGGUGCGCCGGGUGACAACGCACCCAGGCUAUGUGGACCCGGUGGGGGUCUCUCCGGAUGGCCGCUGGCAGGUGAUCCUGGACACGCGGGGCACCGAUCGGAUGGAGUUUCUGUCUGCCAUGCGCGGGGUCCCUCCUGUGGUCGACCUGCUGACAGUCACUACGGUCGCAUCGGUGCGCAACAAUGGCGAUCGACGAUUCUUCCAGCCGUGGCUGCUGGACGCCCAGGGAGACCGCGAUGGUCCUGACUACUACUACUACGGCCAACAGAUCAACGCUGGCGGGGAUGGCCAGCCGGGCAGCAUCAACGACCCCAACUGGAACGCCGGCGCUGAUCCUCGCUGUCGCCAGCCCUACCAUCUCGACCCCGUGGAGCCAUUCGCCGAUAGAGUCCCCUGGGGCCUCCCUUACACCCCUGGCGAGAGCGUGCCAGAAGUCUUCAACCUAUCCCCGGGCAACUAUACGCUACACGGGCAAGUCUCGGGCUCAGCGGACGUGAUUCUUCGCAACACUACGACUGCGUCGGCGCUUGACUUUGUCGCUGUCACGUACCAUAAUUACUCCGACGAUGGCGUGCAUUAUAUCCAAGGCCACGAGUCGGUGGCCUCCACCUUUUUGUCGGUCACAUCGGCCCUGCUGGAUUGGUAUUCGAAUCUGACAGCCACGGGGGCCACAUCCAGCACCAAGGUCACUGGACCAGGGGGGUUUCACGUCGUCGACGAUGCCAUGCUCAAUGUGUUCGUGGCCAACGGGACCCUCGUCACGACGGUGGACGGGGUGGUGUACAAGCAGCCUUUGACUGGGACGUGA